UUAUGGUGCAUUACAAUUAUUAUUUCAGUUAUUUUGGUUAAUAGUUUAUACGAUUAUUAUCUAACUAUCGAUAUCAAUAUCGUUCGUAUUUAAAAUGGUGUCUUACUAUAUCUUAUCGAGUUUACUGGCCCCUUGCCUCUGUAUAACGUUUCAGUUUUCUUGUGCGUGCUCCGUACAGAGUGAGCGUAGGCACGCCCGAAAUACAAUCAUCAACUUGCUGGAUCAGUCCAUUUCCACCGGGACUAACGGCAUUUACUGUUUACAUCUUUCGCAAGACGAAAACGCUUUGCUAAGAAAAUUGUCAAUCGGAAGCGUCAUCAGGGCUCCAACAGGAAGCACAGUCAUUUUUCGGUGUAACGGAAGCAAUUUCAACCUUUCUCCGAAUCCACAGCCGUCAUCAUCCCAGUUCAUGUACAAUGGCCAAUUUUUAUACAACUUUACCACGAAACGCCGGCGAAAGCGUGAAAAUUUGGAGAAUGAUUUUAUUUGCUGCGAUUGUGCGACUCAUUGUGACACUAAAAAGCUUACACGGAGAACGAGAGUUAGGCAAAAUCCUGUUACGAAUUCAUUCACCGUGGAACUAGACAACUUCUUCCAUAUGCACAGCGGGAAAUACGAAUGCGUCAGGUUUCGGGACGAUCAGUGGGUAGUGACUCAUACGUAUUUAGUUAGCCCGCAACUGACACCAUUAGAAAUAUUUCAGCCUCCGAUGCGAAAUGUGACAAAAAAAGUUGGUGAAAAUGUUCACCUUCGGUGUUUCGUCAAAUUCUGGGCAUUACAAGGGGAUCUGGCAAAACGGUUUAUGUGGAGGAACGAAGAGUAUCUCAUAAGCGCCCCGGGAAUUAGCGCGUUCGGAACGACAGUGGAAUCCCGGCAGGGAUCGCGAUCAGUCUUCCUGACCGAAAACGACCGAAAUUUCAAGUGUAGAUGCCUUUCGACUUUGAUGAUUUUUGACCUAAGGAAGAGUGAUUCUGGCAGCUACCAGUGUUGGUUUAAAAUCGACGAUCUUUUCCAAGAAUGGGUGAUGCAAGAAAUCUACCUCACUGUUAAUGCUUAAGGUUAUUUUUGUGCAGGCAGCGAAUUCACGUACCAUAUUCUUGCACUGAUCUGACACAUAGACUGGAAUCAAGAAUACAGAAAUGGAAAUCGAACGAGGACAGAUUUGAAGUACUGUCGGCUGAUGUUUGGAAUGUGCGUUAAUCAGACAUACUUUAUGUAGUCCAU